CGUUGUGAGAAAAAUUUGGAAAAUUUAUAUAUCUGCAAGCCGGCAAAAGUGCCGACAUUCAUGCAGCCGUGUAAUUACGACUAUGAGUGCGCAAGUGGUGAAACAUGCUCCUCCAGCAAUCGUGGAGCAAAUCUGUUUCAACAGGACAUUCGACGUUGUCUUCUGAACGGCGACUCCGCAAGCUGCAGGGUCGACUUCGAUUGCACGCCACCAAAUGUAUGCAGGCUCCGUGGUAACUACAUGCAGUGCGUAUUGCCGAGCGAUGCUAGCAUUGGUACUGGUAGCAUACGAAGUAAGUUUGUUCCGAAUUUAUGA